AUGUGUAUUAUAUUCCUAGAUACACAACACUUUGCAAAUUUCACAAAGUCUGAUUCGCUGAACGUGGGAAAACCUCCUUUCUUGGUUUCCAUCUUCUUGUUUUAUUGCUUCAUGCCUUCCUUAGCUUUUAUUGAGACAAACAACACCAUGGAUAAAUCCACACUUCUUGCCCUAAAAACUUCUAUCACUUUGGAUCCAUAUGAUUUCCUUGCUAAUUGGUCUGCAUCUUCUCCUCCAUGUAAUUGGGCUGGUGUCACUUGCAUCAUACACCAUGGAAGGGUCCAUUCCCUGAAUCUUGGUGGCAUGGGUCUUAGAGGCACCAUAUCUCCACAAUUAGGACAUCUCUUAUUCCUUGUUGAACUUGAUCUUAGUAACAACAGCUAUUAUGGUCAAAUACUAGAAGAGUUAGUUGGAUUGCAUAGAUUGAAACUAUUCAACUUGAGCUACAAUUACUUUACUUUGAUGGACAAUUUCCAGCAUGGAUAG